UUGAUGAGGAACUUCAUAUCUUGCGGGAAAAAAUUGAGCAAGACUGUGAUGAAUUACCCAUACGCGAUUUGUGCACUGAAAGAUCUGGAAGAUAUGACGUGAUGGUUUUUAAACUCGAUGAAAAGUUUUGUGAGAUGGUGUCGAAAAUAACUCAGAUUAAAAGCAGUCAAAUUUUUAACAUAUUAUGGAAAAAACACGGCGAAAAGUUGAAACAUGUGACAAUGGAAAUUAUAUUCAGCAAAAUUUGGUUAAGAAUUUGUGACAAACUUAAGUCAAUAAAUCAGCAAUUUCUUGAUGGUGAAAUGGAACUCAAGAAAGUUGAUAAGUACUUAGAUGUGUUUAAGACAGACUACGACGCCUUGGAGAAGGAGUUCAUGCUGCUUUCCUGCUAUUUCAGUGAUGCAACACGUUUGGAUAAGAUAAACAAACUUGGGAAUACAAUCAGAAAAGUGAAGAGUUACAAGAAACUUUUUGAUGCUCGGCAAGCUGCUCAUGCGAUUCUAGAGUUACAAGAAGUGAUGGGUCUCGAAGGCGAUUUUUCAGAAAUCAAAAGGAUUGAAGAG